AUGCCCAACAGCAGUUCCGUCACUGAGUUCCUCCUCCUGUCAUUGGGAAACACACAGCAGCUGCAGCUCCUGCACUUCUGGAUCUUGCUGGACAUCUACCUGGCUGCCCUCCUGGGCAACGGCCUCGUCAGCACAGCCGUAGCCUGUGACCAGCACCUGCAUACCUCCAUGUACUUCUUCCUCCUCAACCUGGCCCUCCUCGACCUGGGCUGCAUCUCCACCACUCUCUCCAAGGCCAUGGCCAAUGCCCUCUGGAACACCAGGGCCAUCUCCUACACAGAAUGUGUUGCACAGCUCUUUUCCUUUGUCUUCUUCAUCUCAGCAGAGUAUUCCCUUCUCACCAUCAUGUCCUAUGACCGUUACAUUGCCAUCUGCAAGCCCCUGCACUACGGGACCUUGUUGAACAGCAGAGCUUGUGCCACCAUGGCAGCAGCUGCCUGGGGCACUAGGUUUCUCCAUUCCCUGCUGCAUACUGCCAGAACAUUUUUCUGCCAUGGCAAUGAUGUGAACCAGUUUUUCUGUGAAAUCCCCCAGAUCCUCAAGCUCUCCUGCUUAGCCUCCUACUUCAGGGAAGUUGUGAUUCUCAUUUUUAGUGUCAGUUUAGCCUUUGAGUGCUUUGUUUUCAUUGUUAUGUCCUAUGUGCAGAUCUUCAUGGCUGUGCUGAGGAUGCCCUCUGAGCAGGGACGGUACAAAGCCUUCUCCACCUGUCACCCUCAGCUGGCCAUGGUCUCCCUGUUUCUCAGCACUGCCUUUUUUGCCUACCUGAAGCCUUCCUCUGUCUCCUCCCUAUCCAUGGACCUGGUGUUGGCACUUCUGUAUUCGGUGGUCUCUCCAGCAGUGAACCCCCUCAUCUACAGCAUGAGGAACAAGGAGGUCAAGGAUGCAGUGAGGAAAGUGAUGACCAAAUGUGUUUAA